UUCUUUACACCCCUCCCUCUCUGGGAAAAACCUGUGGGAGGGGGGGCAUAGGCAGGCGCGCGCGCGCAGGGGGAAAAAAGGGCCAAUCAGCGCGCGCGCCGAGCUCUCCUCGCGCCGCUGCCUCCUCCUCCUCGCUCGCUCGCUCCCUCCCCCCUCCCACCUCACUCCCCCCGCCCGCGCGGCGUCGUCGCUGCUCCCCGCUCGCUCCCCCUCCCUUCCCGACCCCCCCCCUUUUCGCCGAGACGAGCCCCCCCCCUCGUUGUUGCCGCCGCCAUGGACCCGAGCAACUGGAGCAGCUUCAUCUUCCAGCAGAGUCAUACUCAGAACCCUCUACAGGUUGGGGCCGAAAUCCAGUCCAGGUUUUUUGCUGCUCAGGGCUGCGGUCAAAACCCCUUCCAGACUGGCACCACCACAGCUCCUCCCCAGCAGACAGCCACCCCUGCUGAAUCCCUUCAAGUGGACCUCUUGCCUGUCUUGGCUGCAGCUCAGGAGACAGCUGCAGCUGCUGCUGUGGUUGCUGCUGCCACUGGUUCUGCAUCAGCUGCUUCCACGGUAGACACGGCUGCCUUGAAACAGCAGCAGCCUUCUGCCUCUGAGGGUGGGGGUGGCCAGGGAGCACCCUCUUCUCAAAGCAACCAAGCUUCCACACAACAGGCAGCUCCUACCGCACAACAGGCAGGAGACGCCCAGAAGAAGCAGAAGAGCAAAGGGCCCUACAUCUGUUCUCUGUGUGCAAAAGAAUUCAAAAACGGCUACAACCUGCGGCGCCAUGAAGCCAUUCACACAGGAGCCAAAGCGUCUCGUGCUGGGCCCACCAGUAUGAAAAUGCCCACCAUGGUUCCCCUCAGCUUGCUUAGUGUUUCUGCCAUUGGUGGUACAACCCCAGCAACCCCUUCCCCCGCUGAUGGCGGAGGAAACACGGCAGGGUCAGGAGUUGGGCUGGUAACCACUACAGCAUCAGGCAAACGCAUCCGGAAGAAUCACGCAUGCGAGAUGUGUGGGAAAGCCUUCCGGGACGUCUACCAUCUCAAUCGGCAUAAGUUGUCGCAUUCAGAUGAGAAGCCCUACCAGUGUCCUGUUUGCCAGCAGCGAUUCAAGAGGAAGGAUCGCAUGAGCUACCACGUUCGUUCACAUGAUGGUGCUGUACACAAGCCGUACAUCUGCAGCCACUGUGGGAAGAGUUUCUCCCGGCCAGACCAUUUGAAUAGCCAUGUGCGGCAAGUCCAUUCAACAGAGAGGCCCUUCAAAUGUGAGACAUGUGAGGCGGCUUUUGCCACCAAGGAUCGGCUGCGUGCUCACACAGUCCGCCAUGAGGAGAAGGUGCCAUGCCAUGUAUGUGGGAAAAUGCUGAGUGCUGCUUACAUCACGGACCACAUGAAAGUACACAGCCAAGGACCGAAUCAUGUCUGCGAACUGUGCAACAAAGGUACGGGUGAGGUCUGCCCCCUCGCUGCAGCCGUCUCGGCCCAACCUCCUGCCGCUGCCGUCACUGUGCUGCCCAUGGAGGGAGCUUCGGUUGUGAGCCAAGCCCUCCCCACACAGCCCUGGUGAUUUUGGAGAGCAAGGAGGCAGAAGCCCACUCACCCAGUCCCGUCCCUCUCCCACAUGGGCAGUUGGAGCCUCCAAGCCCAAACAGAUAUGCAGUGGCCAUAUUUGGGUUUCUAAUUUAAUGGUGGUCUCAUUCAUUUUCUCCCCUGCCUGUGCUCGUAAAAUAAUGGGGCUGGGAAAGCACUUGCCUAGUUAAGGCAGCAGCUCUCAUUCAGAGAACCAUGGAAGGAUUUUGUGUGCAUUCAGAAAGCGCCCUCGUUUUAUUGACUCCUCUACUCUUAGGACCCUUGACUCCUUGCCCUACGACAGUCCCAGAAAUCCAGGCAUCUUCUGUCCCUGGCCAAACAGCUACAAGUCUUUGUCACCAUAAGUCUCUUGCUUAUCCCAGCAGCGCCCCCUAUUGCCCCAAAUUGGUGCCCCAAAUUGGCUUCCCAAAAAAGAGGCUACGGUGGAACAGAAAGACUGACAAGUUUGAUUCUCGGGAUCAGAUUGAGGGUUGAAGGCUGGGAUAUAUGUGGGAAAGAAUUAUGGAAUGACAUUGCAGCUAAACUGGGAAUCAUUGGGCAUGGGUUAAGGUUGAUGGAGCUUGUGGUUCCCACAGAGAAGUUAGAAGGAGGGUGUACAUCAGGACUCGGAGGCAUUAGAGGUGCCUGGAGUUCCCAUUUGCGGGGUUGGGAGUUGCUGCAGUGAGAUGGAAUAGAGAGAAGGGAUGUCUUUUUCCAUGGCUGCAGGGUGGCGUGCCCUCCAUUCUCCCGCUGAGGAGCUGCUCUGGAUUUCCCUCCUUCGCCCCAGCGCCUCAUUCUUCCUCCGCGGUGUUUGUUUUAAUGCUCCAUCCCCUCGGCUUCUCUUGUGAUUCGUGUUCCAAGCGUGUCGGCCCUCCACACCAAGCAUCGCUGCCCCAUCUGCUGAACACCUUCCUUGUUGCAUGCGACCCCUACAGUUGGGGUUAGAGUCUCUCGCUUUUUUGUAUUAUAUAUAUAAAAAGAUUCCCUGACAUUUAAAAUAACCCCUUCUUCCCCUUUGUGUUUUUUUUUGUUUUGUUUUUGUUAACAAAAUGUAAUGAAGCAGUGUCGAUCUAUCCUCUCUCCUCGUUCCUUCCCGUUUGCCUCCAUCUCUUCCCCCUUCUGUGCACCCUUUCUGGAUCUGUGUCUCAACAGCAAAAGAUUUUAGUAAAAACAUUGAAGGAAAAAAAAAGCUA